CUACUACAAGAUUACCAUUGACUGAAGGGCACAGCUGAUUCGGCGCUUUAUAUUCAAUUGAGCUCAACUCGAGUAAUUCAUGAAGUCUACGGGAUCGACUGAGAUCCACUAGGCGACCAUUGCCUGUCUCGUCUCACCCGCAUAUUGCACUCUCAACCUUCCGGCAAUCAGCUUUACUAAGUUCAUAGUCCUACCUUCCGCAAACAAGCAACAGUCAAUAUCUUUCCAAGCACACAGCUCAGCAAGCGCAUUCAGCUGCCGCCAUGGCUGACUCUGAAACCACCCCGGCCAAGCAGGCAGAAAUCGAAGCGGCGCCGUUUGACAAACCUCUCUUAAGCCCGGGCGGCGCCCGGCAGCUGCUGUGCGCCGUCGACGGCUCUGAGGGGUCCAAAGCGGCGUUCAGAUUCGUCCUCGAGAAAAUGACGCUCCCAGAGCGGGGGGACAGAAUCAUCCUGUUCCAGGCGUGCCGGCGGGUCGACCGAGAGCUCGUUGAGCCGGGAACCCACUCCUACCAGACGAGAGACUUCUUUACAGCUGAUCUCGGCUUCAUUGACGAUGGGCAUCGCAAGUCCGCCCAGGCAGAGCGCGAGCGCCAGGCGCUAAAGCAACUGGGGGAGCUGGUGAAGCUCGCUGACGUUCCCUGCGAGACGGUGGUGGUUACGGGCGACCCGCGGGACGAGAUCCCGCGGUACGUCGCCAAGCACCCGGUGGACAUCGUGGUGGUGGGCAGCCGCGGCCUGGGCACCGUGAAAAGGUUGUUCCUGGGCAGUGUAAGCUGCGACUUGGUUCGCCACUUGAGCGUUCCGGUCAUCGUGGUGCCGCCGCCGUCAGCGGCGAAAGCGGUGAACUAGAGCGGGCGGGAGUUGCAAACAAGGCUUCGAAGACCGCUUAAGACAUGCAGAGUUGAGGUUCUUUGAGAGAGGUGUAUUUGCCACUUCGUACUUGUACAGACUACUGUUGAGUGUAGAAUUUGAUAACUACCUAUGGUUCUCCAAAGUCUAGAUAGACCACCGGGAUCAUGAGCAGAUCGCAAACUGGGUUAUAAGUCACUGGCUUGCAGACAUGUUAAGGCUUGACAGAGCUUCUAAAAGGGGGAUGCUGCUAAGCUUAGCUUUGGGCUGGAGAGUUGCUCCAAGUAGAAGUACGAAGUUCUAAAGCUUUGUAGAAUUGUAAUAUCAAAGCGCAUAUAUUAUUUUGGUUUUGCAUGUCAAGCGAACAUCUAUAUGGUGGAUGGCGGUGAAUGAGGAGAGGUACGAGAAGUCACAGUUGCAGACAGAAUACCGACGUGCAUGCUCACACUUUUCUGGCUUUUAUUUGUCUGGGGAAAGAGAUCAAUAUUACCUAUCAUCCAGCCGCAGGUCCUACAUGCCAAGCAAUAAGGACACGCAGAUCCAUCUAGUUAACCAUGG